UUUUUUUUUCUUUUUUAAAUUAAAUUAAAUCCCUUUUCGCCAUGGGAUGUACCCUGAGCGCCGAGGAGCGGGCCGCCCUAGAGCGCAGCAAGGCCAUCGAGAAGAACCUGAAGGAGGACGGCAUCAGCGCGGCCAAAGACGUGAAGCUGCUCCUGCUCGGGGCCGGCGAGUCGGGGAAGAGCACCAUCGUGAAGCAGAUGAAGAUCAUCCAUGAGGAUGGCUUCUCUGGAGAAGACGUGAAGCAGUACAAGCCAGUGGUCUACAGCAACACUAUACAGUCGCUGGCAGCUAUUGUACGUGCCAUGGAUACCUUGGGCAUCGAAUAUGGUGACAAGGAACGAAAGGCUGAUGCCAAGAUGGUCUGCGAUGUUGUAAGUCGGAUGGAGGACACAGAGCCCUUCUCCCCAGAGCUGCUGUCAGCUAUGAUGAGACUCUGGGCAGACUCCGGGAUCCAGGAAUGCUUCAACCGGUCCCGGGAAUAUCAACUCAAUGACUCGGCCCAAUACUACCUAGACAGCUUAGAUCGAAUCGGAGCUGCAGACUACCAGCCCACGGAGCAGGACAUCCUUCGAACCAGGGUCAAAACAACUGGCAUCGUAGAAACCCACUUCACGUUCAAAAACCUCCACUUCAGGCUCUUCGAUGUCGGAGGGCAGCGGUCGGAACGCAAGAAGUGGAUCCACUGCUUCGAGGACGUCACGGCGAUCAUUUUCUGCGUGGCGCUGAGCGGCUACGACCAGGUGCUCCAUGAAGACGAAACCACGAACCGCAUGCACGAAUCACUGAAACUGUUUGACAGCAUCUGCAACAACAAGUGGUUCACAGAUACGUCCAUCAUCCUCUUUCUAAACAAGAAGGACAUAUUUGAGGAGAAAAUCAAGAAAUCUCCACUGACGAUCUGCUUUCCUGAGUACACAGGCCCCAGCUCCUUCACCGAGGCAGUGGCGUACAUCCAGGCGCAAUACGAGAGCAAGAACAAGUCUCCCAACAAGGAGAUCUACACACACAUCACCUGCGCCACCGACACCAACAACAUCCAGUUCGUCUUCGACGCUGUCACGGACGUCAUCAUCGCCAACAACCUGCGGGGCUGCGGACUCUACUGAGGCCUCAGCAGACAGGUCCCCCUUCUGCUUCCCCUCCUUGGAGGGCGAUGAGGAAGGAACACGUGAACCCUUCCCUCUGCCCAGAACUGCAGCAUUUCACCUUCCCCGGCCCCCUCCCGGCUUAUUUGGGUUUAUUUUCGAUGAAUUCCCCUUGCUGCCUCUUUCUGCUCCUCCGUUCCCAUUCGCAGUGCUGUAGAAGGAGCUGAUGCAUUUCCCACAAAGUGCAUUUCAACUGCCAAAAAACAGUAAUACCCCAUUUAAAAAUAAUAAUAAUAAUCAAAGCCUUAAAAUAUUUGUCAGCAGCAGCGUAGUUUGGAUCCAAACCUUUUUUUUUUUUUUUUUCUCCUUGAAAUUAAGGGAUAUUUGUAACGCUUGCUAUUUAUCUCUUCCAAAAUUGCCAUCUCCUGGGCAGCAGCGAAUCGUUUUGAUCCCAUAGCUUCAGCUCCUGCCCCAGGAGCCCCAAGAAAAGCCCCAGCAGCCCAGCUCUCUGCUCUGCUCUCCAUCACUGACACAGCCACCGGGGCCUGAGUGAGACCGGCGCAGUUACGGCACCUCCUAAGCGUUGCCCAAAAUUGUUGCAGAUAACAGUUUUAUCUCAAUAUUUUCAGAAUAAAUGUUACGACCUGCCUGGUGCUCCCAGUAAAGUGGCUCCCAUCCCCAGCCCCGUUGUGCUUUGCUGGGUCCCAUGUGGAAUGGCUGUAGGGAAGUGCCCACGGUGGGGACUUCCCUGUGUGCCAAGUGGAGGACGUGUCCCAGCCAGGGCUCUGUGCAUGUCAUGGUGGCCCUGGGAAUGCUGGUGGCAACUCUCAGCCCUCUGUCCCACGGUGCCCCGGUGGGGACUGCAGAGAGGUGUCCCAGAGCCCUUCCAGACUGACUGCGGAGCUGGAUGUUCCUAACUUCAGUCCUGGAACACCAGAAAUAUUCACACUGGUUUCCUGCAGCCAGGCUGUACCUGUAAGACAGGGAUGUGCUUUUGGAAGCCCCAUUGGAAGCCAGCAGCAGCUGGUGGAUUUGUCACCCAUGCCCCUGCAUCCUGGAGGGGUGGCUCCAGAGGUAGUGUCCCCAUCGGGUCACCUGCCAACCAGCAGAUGGGGAAGGUUGACCUGUCUGCUUCGUGGGGAGCUGAGCUGAGCUGAGCCGAACUGAGCCAAGUGAUGGAGCAGGAAAAAUGAAAGGAGAGGGGAAGGGGGGAGAGCAGGGGACAGGUGAGUGGGGAGGGGCUGGGGAGCUCAGGGGUUGGAAACAGAAGUUGCAAAAGGACGGUAAGGGAGGUGGAAGCAGCAGGAGGGAGGAGAGGCUGAAGAGCUGAAUGUUAGUUCCAAGUGAUACCUUAAGUGUAUGUCACUGUCAGCUCCAGCAUGGAGCACCUCAUGUGCAGAGUGCCCCAGUGCCUUCACCAGCAGCAAGGCCUUAUUAAGCUCCAUCAGCAGAAUCAACUCAGCAGCAUGUGGGGUUUGGAGGUGCGCUGUUUCCACCCCUUACUGUGCCUGACAUUUUCUCCAAUUCACCAAGUUGCAGAGGCUGUCUCCAGUGAAGGCAGCACCAAACCAAAGCCUCAGGAGGGUCCAGAAUGGAGCAUGCAGGGAUAUUUCAGGGAAGAAAGUGUGGAUUAACCCCGGAUGUGGCUAUGUCACCACUCCCCUGUGACUGGCAGCCCAGUCAGUGUCCCCAAGAUGGGGAGUGGGGGCAGGAGGCAGUGCUGCACAUGGAGCCUUUCCUUUGGCAUUUUGUACAUCUAAAGCUCCAUUCCAGCUGUUGCUGCUGGUGUUCUGUUCCCUCCUUCCCAACAGACAUGCUUUCUGGAGGCGAUGCUCCUCUGUGGGGUACCACAUGCAGGGCACACUGAGGGGUCCCAGCAGAAAGGAAGAACCUGGUGCUGCUCUGUACGCAGUGAGAGGGACAGGUUAAGUGAGGUGAUGGCAAAACUCCAUCAGCUCACUUAGCUGAAGGGCAAUUCCAAAGACGCAGAACCCCGCAGGAGGAAAACCUCUCCAGGGGCUGAUAGCAAUAAGCACACACCCACAAGCACACCUGAACACACAGCCGCGUGCUCCAAGGCCACAUCUCCUGAGCCUUUAGGGACCCCCUCAGAGAGCGCAGCACAGCUGUGCAAGCGGCCCCGCAGAGACAGGAGCUCUGGCAGCACCCAGUGCCCCGCAGUGCCUUCACCACGACCAGCCUCAGCCCUCCGCCUCGCACACAGAGUUGAAAGAGGAACCCCACUAAAACCCCACUCCCAAUGCAACACCCUCUCCCCGCUCCUCCUUUCCCCCUGCAGCUCGACACAGGAGCAGUGACCGUCACCGCGGCUCUGGGCUCUGUCCCCUCCUCCCACCGGACCGCCGAGCCGCUCCUCCCGCAUGUCUGAUGGCCCCAACCGCAUUAACUGUAAUUUUGUACGAAGAGUGACUGUCCAUUGGUUUAAUAGAACGUUAGCUAUUGUAAUAAUUUAUUGGCUGUCAGUAAUGUAUUUAUUAGUUACCAAAUGUUAAUAAAGUGCCAGC